ACUCGUGCGCCGCUCUUCGCUGCUCUGCGCUGCGCUCCGUGCGCCUCGGUCCAACAUCUCCAGACCUCUCCAAGCACCCCGAAGAGAGCGCAGACUUUCGCUCCCUGUUGUUCGGAUUUCAAAGGCAGAGGGGGUGGGGUCUUUGCCCUCGCGCAUACUUCUCCUCCUGCCGUUUUAAUACCUACACUCCAUCCCUGCACCACCUCAUUCCAGCAGAGUCCAACCGAGGAGAGGUCACAGUCGCAGGGAAAGCACAUCGACCCAGGCGCAUUUUCACGUCCACGCUCUCAUUCCUCACGGCUCGGUGAGAGAAGCUAAGACACUGAAAACAUUUUAAGGAUAAACUACAGCAAAGCCUGACCUCACCUUCCUCGGACACUGAGUGUGUGUCUGUGUGUGUGUAACGGGACUUCUUGUUGCGGAGGUUCCAGGCUUACCUGUCCCAUCCUCCGCUCCUCGGUGCGUCGUGUCCGGACAGCAGCGUCCCCAGUUUGAUCCAGUUCCAGUCCGGUCCCACUCUUAGUGACCCGUCUGCCGAUCAGUAUCAUCAAGAUGAAGAUGAGACAACACAGAGCUCUGAGUGGAUUAAUUCUGCUCAGCCUGGCCUUCCUCGCCAACGCCCGGCCGAAAGCAGGUCCGGAGCAGAAAUGUAAGUCUGGUCCAGUAGAUCUGGUCUUCCUCAUCGACAGCUCCCGCAGUGUGAGGCCCCACGAGUUUGAGACCAUGAGGAAGUUCAUGAUCGACAUCCUGGACACCCUGGACAUCGGACUCAACGCCACCAGAGUGGGCGUGGUUCAGUACUCCAGUCAGGUCCGUAGUGAGUUUUCUCUAAAGGCUCACGCCACUCUGCCCUCCAUGGUCAAAGGCAUCAAUCAGAUCAUCCCGCUGGCUCAGGGCACCAUGACCGGACUCGCAAUCAAAUACGUGAUGAACAACGCUUUCACACCUGAGGGGGGAGACCGUCCAAAGGUUCCUAACGUAGUCGUGAUUGUGACGGACGGACGUCCUCAAGACCGCGUAGCCGAGGUGGCAGCUGAAGCCAGAGAAAAAGGCAUCGAGAUCUACGCUGUGGGCGUGGCCAGAGCCGACAUGACAUCACUGAGGGCCAUGGCGUCCCCUCCGUUUGAGGACCACGUGUUCCUGGUGGAGUCCUUCGACCUCAUUCACCACUUUGGUCUUCAGUUCCAGGACAAGCUCUGCGGUAUGGAUCUGUGUCUGGAGUCAGAUCAUGGCUGUGAGCACAUCUGUGAGAGCUCCCCGGGCUCCUUCCACUGCCUCUGUCUGCCCGGGUACACACUGAACGAGGACGGGAAGACCUGUUCAGCCAUCGACCUGUGUGCUGAAGGGAAACACGACUGUGAGCAGGUGUGCGUCAGCUCGCCCGGGUCCUUCACCUGUGACUGCAACAAAGGAUACAAGCUGAACGAGGACAAGAGGACCUGCACCAUGAUCGACUUCUGUUCCUUCGGAAACCACAGUUGUGAUCAUGAGUGUGUGAGCGUGCUCAACGGCUAUCACUGCCGCUGUAACGAAGGCUACAGGCUGCUGGACGACGGCAAGACCUGCCAGGCGAUUGACCUGUGUGCUGAGGGGAAGCAUGACUGUGAACAAAUCUGUAUCAGCGCUCCGGGCGUCUUCACGUGCGACUGCAACGAAGGAUACACACUCAAUGAGGACAAGAAGACCUGCACACCCAUCGACCUGUGUGCUGAGGGGAAGCAUGACUGUGAACAAAUCUGUAUCAGCGCUCCAGGCGUCUUCACGUGCGACUGCAACAAAGGAUUCAAACUCAACAAAGACAAAAAGACGUGCACAAAUAUGGAUAUGUGUAACACGGUGGAGCACGGCUGCGAGCACCAGUGUAUGAGCACUCCAGGAUCGUACUACUGCAUCUGCCCUGAGGGACAACUGCUGCAGGACGACGGCAAGAGCUGCGGCACCUGCAAGUCUGCAAACAUCGACCUGGUGCUUCUCAUCGACGGCUCCAAAAGUGUCCGCCCACAAAACUUUGAGCUGGUCAAGAAGUUUGUUAACCAGGUUGUGGACUCUCUGGAUGUGUCCGCUCACGGUACAAGAGUGGGUCUGAUUCAGUACUCGAGUCGGGUCCGAACAGAGUUUUCUCUGAACAUGUACCAGACAGCCGACGAAAUCAAAGCUGCCGUCAUGAAGGUUGAUUACAUGGAGAAAGGAACAAUGACCGGUCUGGCUCUGAAACACAUGGUGGAGAACAGUUUCUCUGAGGCUGAGGGAGCCCGUCCCGCUAGCAGGAACAUCCCCCGAAUUGGCCUGGUGUUCACAGACGGACGCUCACAGGAUGACAUCACCGAGUACGCCAAGAAGGCCAAAGAAGCCGGUAUCACCAUGUACGCUGUGGGUGUGGGGAAAGCUGUGGAGGAUGAGCUUCGUGAGAUCGCUUCUGAGCCCGUGGAGAAACAUUUCUACUACACCACCGACUUCACCGCCAUCAGCAACAUUGCAGAGAACCUCAAGCUCAACGUGUGUCCAGAGGAGAGUCAGGGGGAGAUCGAGGUGAAGGACCCCUGUGCUUGUGAGAGUCUGGUGGAGUUCCAGCAGGCCACCAUGAGCAGCCUGGAGCAGAUCACACAGAAACUGGCCGGGAUGACGGCUCGUCUCGAGCAGCUGGAGAACCAGCUCCUCUCCAGGAAGUGAUCCGUUCAUGGUACGUGACACCACAGAGGAAGAAGAACAGAACGAGGAGGAGGAGGCACAACCUGGAAACAACAUGAGAGGGGGAUCAGAAACCCUUCAAUCAAUGAACAAAAAUCAAAGUGUCUCUUUGCGCAAGAUCGCUUCUCUAAGCGAGGAUGACUUUUACACCAGAGUUUAUUUUCUGAGAGAUGAUUAAAAACAGCAACAUUCACUUUUAUAUCAAUCACACAUCAACGUUUACAGAACACACGAUUCAUAACAAAGGAUUACUGUUCUGAGGUUGUACAAAUAUUACAAACGAGGAAAAUCCAAGAUACUGUGCAACAUCUCUUAUACCUCCGUGUCACAGACGUGAGGGAUAAGAAUAAUCAGUGUACUGUACAUAUGAGAUAAACACACUAUAAAAUCCUCUCUUCACGCAGUCUAACACCAUCCACCUGUUCCUCUACGUGCCCUGUUUAUACUUGAUCUGUUUUGGUACGGUUUGUUAAAUAUGAGGUCUUUAUAGCAGAUUGUUUUGUUUUUUAAGUAGAGUAGCAUUUCUUAAAAAGCGUUAUAAGGAUGACGUUGUAUUACCACUCCCAAUGUCAAAACCGGUGAUCUUCGUACUAAAGAACUGAACAGGAGCGACUCUGCGGUGAUGAAGAGGAGGAAUGUUUUUUAAAAAAAGGGAAGUUAGUGAGUUUAAAGCCUCAUCUCUAAAGCUGUGGUCUGUUAAUAGAAAUAAUGUGAUGAAUAAGAUGCAUAAGGUUGAAUAAUCUACUUUCUUCUUCAUUCUGCACUCUACAUUUUGUCUCACAGUGCCUUCACAUAUCAUGCCUUACAGGACGUUUCCUGCAGAGCGUCCUUCUGUCUGUCGUGAACCAGCAGCCUUUACAGACCGCUCCGUGUUUAGUGUCAUGAGUGGAACAGGAGGCCUUACAGGGUACAGAGAGUGAAUGAAUGACCACCAGACCGUCUCACUCUUGUAGUUUUGUAUAUUAAAUAAAGACCACAAAUGUAUCCCCCCUUUAUAUUUGAAUGUUUGUAUGUUUUGUAUAUUUUCUAAUAAAGUUACUUUUCUGUAUUUUCUGAUGAAGCCCUGUAUAACAACUCAGAGGGCAAUAAAAGAGUCAACUUUUCA